CGACGACUCUCUCUUUCUCUGCAACAAAAGAAAAAAAAAAUGGAAGUAGGAGCGACUGCGACUGCGAGGAGCUUCACAACGCUCCGAGCUCGUACGUCAGCGAUAAUCCCGUAUUCAACACGUAAGCUUCGAUCUACGGUGAGAUGUUCGUCGUCUUCUCCUCUCUCGAAUAGCUUACUCUUCCCGUAUACCGGAGGAAGCAUCUCUAGCGACUUCUGUGGCUCCAAGCUUCGUUCGGAAUCGCUUAGACGGUUGAAUCUCUCAAGCUCUAAGCCUAAGCGCGGAGUUGUCACUAUGGUUAUACCUUUUUCAAAAGGAAGUGCACACGAACAGCCUCCUCCUGACUUGGCAUCGUAUUUGUUCAAAAACCGGAUUGUAUAUUUGGGAAUGUCUCUUGUGCCUUCAGUCACUGAGUUAAUACUCGCUGAGUUUCUUUACCUUCAGUAUGAAGACGAGGAAAAGCCUAUUUACCUCUACAUUAACUCCACUGGGACAACCAAGAAUGGUGAGAAGUUGGGUUAUGAUACCGAGGCUUUUGCAAUUUAUGAUGUCAUGGGGUAUGUCAAACCACCAAUCUUUACGCUUUGCGUUGGGAAUGCUUGGGGUGAAGCUGCUUUGCUUCUGACUGCCGGUGCUAAAGGAAAUCGUUCUGCAUUGCCCUCAUCAACCAUAAUGAUAAAACAGCCCAUUGCUCGAUUUCAAGGCCAAGCAACCGAUGUUGAAAUUGCAAGGAAAGAAAUCAACCACAUAAAGACAGAAAUGGUCAAGCUGUAUUCCAAGCAUAUUGGCAAAUCCCCGGAGCAGAUUGAAGCGGACAUGAAACGCCCAAAAUAUUUCAGUCCCAGCGAGGCUGUUGAAUACGGGAUCAUAGAUAAGGUUGUUUACAACGAAAGGAGCAGCCAGGACAGAGGAGUUGUCUCCGACCUUAAAAAAGCACAACUCAUUUAAAUGUCAGAGUCGUCUUCUAAAAAACCCGCAUGAUUAACAUGAAUCAGGACCAUGGAUGAAUGGGGGGAUCUUUGAACCGUUCAUCGGCACGGAACCGGGAUAAAGUCUUGAAAACAUGUUAAAAAUACUAUUACUAAUGCUGAAAUUUAGGACAUACUUAUUGGAAGGGAGACAAACCUGUUAUGUGUAGGCCUGUGAAUGCCUAGAAACAGAAUUGGUGUAUCUUCAAUAUGUUUAAAAACAUUUCAAAUGAAUCAAUUUCGUCA